UCGAAGGGGCAGCGUGUCUUUGGACAGUUCCUUAUAUAGAAAACGGUGCUGAUGUAAUUAUGUUAGGCUACAGAGAACCUUCUUUCGCUGGCACGUUUUCCGAAGAUAUCCUAAAAACCACUCUUAAAGUACAGUCAGAAUAUCGAUGUGAACAAUAUUACUUACCUAAAUACCAAGUAUUUUACGAUCGUAAGAGAAAGACGUCAAAGAAUAUUCUCUGUGCCAUCGAUCCCGAUAAUCCAGGAUCCGCUUGCGAGCGUGAUACUGGUGGACCCUUAAUUGCACUAAUCGAAGAAAAACCAUUUGUUGUCGGUCUUACCAUUGGCUGCCUUUUUAAUAAGCCUGUUAUCUACCCUUUGGUCGUAGAGUAUAUUUCUUGGAUUGGAAAAAUCGUUUGGCCCGAUUAUUAUUAAAAUUUCUUACUACCAUAUGAUACUCUGUUGUCGGCGUAAUAUGGCACUUCUUUGGCCAUAUAGACGAUCGGUGAAAAUUAUGCAAUUAUAUUAGACUAAGGGGACAAGCGUUAUUCGAUAUGGUGGAUUAUUAAAGGACCCUGCCUGAGGUAACUACUCAUUAUUCAUUACAUUGUUUGUUUAAGCUAGUGCUACGUUAGAUAAAAGAUUAGACAAUAACCUUCAAACAUACUCUCAAAGUCAAAGUGAAGAAGAUUACCUACUAGAUCUUUUAUUUCGCAUUCUUCGUCAUUGUGUGUUAGAAAAGAGAACUUCUUCGAGGGAUGUAAAGAACUUGAAAGAUACCUACUUUGUAAGCAGAAGAAACGGGUUUGCAAUUUUCACCUGCAGAGUAACUCGUGAAGAUGCUUUGGGGUAAAGAAGAUAGAAAC